AGUUUUAGCGCCCAAAGCUAGGGUGCCAUCUGCCAAACGCUUCCUCCCACCAAAUUAAAUUUGAAUCUCACUCCCUCUCUCUUUUCUACUUCUUAAACAUAUUCCAGAAUGCUUUAAACCCCAUUUUUUGAAUUUAAAUUAAUUUACACUUCAGUCAAUUAAUUAUCCUGUUUUCUUUCUUCUUCUUCUUCUUCUUUUUUAUUUUAUAUUAUUCUCCUCUUACUCUCAUUCUUUCCAAGCUUCUAAACUAAAAGUAAUUUCCUGUAUCUUUCCUUUUCUCUCUCUUCCUGUUUUCCUCUCUUUUGGUGGCGAUGGGUUGCGUUUCAUCUAAUUUACUGAACCGGGACGACGAGUUUACUCAACUCGGUAGCUCAGCAUUUGGUAACCACAUCGUCUCCCUCACUUCCACUACGUAUGGGCUGCUCACUCUUGAUCCGCCAUCGCAUUCCACUACUACGCCGCCCUCUCCACAGCCAUCUUUCACCUCCGGGUCCACCUUCAGUGAGUCCAAAUCUCUCUGGUCGGAGCCUAGACCCGUCCCUACCCGACCCGAAGUCAUUAACUCUUGGGAGCUCAUGUCCGGUCUCGAUGCCGACAGCUUCCGUUUCUCCCCGAUUCCAAACAAGGAAAACUCAAACCCUAAUGUUGGCAAAAACGGCAGCGUUUCGACACCGCCGGUUUCCCGAUCUUCCCUGCUGGAUAAAUUCCAGGCUGACAGCUUCCGUUUCCCAAUCACGGUGUUACCCGAAAAGGAAAACGCCGAUCCUAAUUUUAAAAAAAACGGCGCCGUCGCGAAAACUCCUUUUUCAUCGCUACACAAAUACGAUUCUGGAAGCGACGCCAUUUCGAAACCAUCGCCGCUGGACAAGUUUGAGAAUAUAUGCCCACCGAACGGAGAAAACAGAGUGGUGAUUUAUACGACGACGUUAAGGGGUAUCCGUAAGACGUUUGAAGACUGCAAUGCGGUUAGAUCAGCGAUUGAGAGUUACGGGGUUGUUAUAUGCGAACGGGACAUUUCGAUGGAUCGAGGGUUCAAAGAAGAGUUACGGGAAUUGAUGAAAGCGACGAACCAAACGACGCCGCCUCAGGUUUUUAUUCAGGGAAGGUACAUUGGGGGAGCCGAACAAGUGAUGAAGAUUGUGGACGAAGGUUGGUUUGGGGAUUUAAUUAAUGGGCUGCCGAAGAAAAAAGCAGGGGAGGUUUGUGAUGGCUGUGGAGAUGUGAAGUUCUUGCCGUGUUUUCGUUGCAACGGUAGCUGUAAGAUGGCGGCGGCGGCGGAGGAGGGUAGGAGGACGGUGGUGGUCAGGUGUACGGACUGCAAUGAGAACGGCAAAGUGAAGAGCUUGUUGAACAUAUUUAAGAGGAUAAUGUGUCAAGUUGUUUUCAAGAAUCAUAUUUCCAAUUUAACCUGUUUAUGAAUGAAGAAGUGUACAGAAUCAUGUUAGAGAAAGAUGCUUGAAAAGAAUGCUGAACUUUAGAUGGGAUUAUCAUCAUAGAAGACAAAGUUGAGCAAUCUUCUAUUCUUAUCAAGUGUACUGAUGGAUUGAUUCCAAGCUGUUGAAUAUGUAGCUAAAUUCUAUAAACUAAAUGUUAUUGACAUCAUAAUUCAGGGCCUGAAGCUAAUAUUAUGGUUGAAUCUUUUAUUAACC